AUGGCUCGCCGCAAAAAGGCGCACAUCGACGAUUACUCGUCGUCCGACGGCGACUCGGACGGGGAUAACUACGCUUCGGACGAACACGGCCACGAUGGCAAGCGUCGCAAAAAGUAUCAGACCAAAGAUGAUCACAUCUAUGGUGUAUUCGCCGAAGACGAGGAUGAUGAGGCGCAAGAACGAGAUGGAGGGGUGGGAAGGACAGUACGGGGGAGGGACCGCAAGGGAAAGAAGGUCGACUACUUGAGAGGGCAGGCGUUCGUACCUGCUUCUUCGAAGGGCGCGCAGCAGGCAUCUGCUGUGGAAGACGAGAACGAAAUUGAACAGUCAGACUCUUCAUCAACUUUUGAAGGGAAAGAGGAUGACCCGCUCGAAAAGGAAAUGCAGCGCCUUCGCCAAGAACCAAUAGACGAGGAACUUGCUUUGGAAACGCGGCCUGCAUUUGGAGGCCUGGGCUUCAGUGGACCAACUGCAAUGGCAAAGGAAGCGAAGAAAGAAGCCAGUGGAGCUGGCUUUAAACCAACGUCGUUUGUCAGCUCGAGAAGUGGCAUUGGCUCAAGAAGGCCGGAUGCAACCUCGUCGCAGACGGAGGAGCAGGUACAGGGUACAAACCGCGCAAAUGGACAGCCUGGUCUACGUGCAAGACCGGGUAUCGCAAGUACCGACUCAGGCAUCAGCACGCCCGUCGCUUCAACUUCUAAAAACCAGGUACUGGAAGAUGCCGGCCCUGCUCCUCUCUCGCAUCUGCCACCCAGCUUUGGAUCGACCAGGCCUUCAUCCUUCAACGACAAUGGCCCUUCUGUCUCCAAAAACUCAUUCCUCUCAUCAACUAGUGGUAGAGGCAAGGCUGCGGUGCAGAAAGGAUCGAGCAUCAAGUUUGGCAAAGGGUUCAAUCCUGCAGAAAUGCUGGCGAAGAUGGGCUGGUCCGGUGGAGGGUUAGGGAAGCAGGGAGAAGGCAUCGUCAACCCGAUUGACGUGCAGGUGCGACCUGAACGAGCGGGUAUGGGCUUCGGCGGUAGGCGAGAAAUGACUGAGCAGAAUCGCCAGGAAGCCCGUCGACGCGGUCAAGUCUUCUCUAGCGAUGAAGAAGACCAAGCGGCCGACAAGGGAAAUGGGCAAGGAAAGGGCAAGGCGAAGACCAGAGAUGGUCGGUCCGCCGGUCCACGUGCCUGGACAAAAGCGGAGAAGAAGCCGCGCAAGCCCAAGAUCGAGCAUCGGACAUACGAAGAGAUCAUCGAAGAAGCUGGUACAUUGCCGAGCACCGACGCAGGAAUAGGGCAAAUCAUCGAUGCAACCGGACGAGAGAUGCGUGAAGUCUCCUCUCUGGCAUCGGCACUUGCUCAACAUGCGGUUCCCACGAGCGACAGUACACGUCUACCUGAACUGCGGCACAAUCUGCGCCUCAUCUGCGAUUGCAAUAGGCAGGCGCUCGAUGAGUUGGCGAAGGAAGGCGCGGCGAUACGAGAUCGACAGAAGUGGGUGCAGCGCGAGCUGGAAGAGGCAGAGCGGAGGAUCAUCAAAGAAAGCAAAGGCGCAGACAGUCUCAAGCGGGUGCUAGAGCUUGUGCGGGACAUCGAAGGGCUAGGUAGAAAGGCUCAGCUGGAUCAGAGCUUGGGCCUCGAUGUGUUCGACACGAUAGUCCAACGCCUGCAGAGAGAUUUCGCUGACGAUGUCGUCAAAUUCAGCCUAGAUGAGGCAUUAGUGGGAGCAAUCGCUCCAGUGGUCCGCCGCAUCGCAACUGACUGGGAGCCUCUGAAGGAGCCAGUAAAGAUGACGCGCCAUUUGAAGCGAUGGGCCACCGCUUUGCGUCUGGAAGAGCCGCAGCGCAAUCAGAAAGGAAAAGGUGCCAUGACGCCUUAUGAGACUCUGCUCUGGCAGAUCGUCAUGCCCAAGAUCCGGAGUGCGAUCAACAACGACUGGGAUCCGCAUCACCCCAGUGCGGCUGUCGUGCUUGUCACCGCUUGGUCAGCCGUGCUGCCACGCUUCAUCAAGGACAACACCAUGGAUCAACUUCUCCUGCCCAAGAUCAAGAAGAGUCUUUCCGAAUGGGACCCGCGCGGUAGCACUUCCGAUCUGCAGCACAUCGUCUUCCCAUGGUUACCAAUCUUCCCUGAACGAGCAGAAGAACUUCUGACGGACGCGAAGCGACGCUUCCGAUCUGGCUUGAAAGCCUGGAAACCAUCGCGCGACAUACCUUCGGGCACACGCAAGUGGCGUGAGGUAUUCAAGGAGAGCGACUGGGAUUCGAUGAUGUUAGAUGUCAUCGUACCCAAGCUCGGCGCGGCUCUGCGAUUCGACUUGACCAUCAACCCCAGCAAGCAGGACAUGAGUCCGCUCGAGCGCGCACUCCAGUGGACAGAUUUAUUACGCCCAGGCGUUCUGAGUCGCAUUUUGGAGAAAGAAUUUUUCCCCAAAUGGCUGGAGAUUCUACACAUGUGGCUCACCCAGCCAUCCGCUAACCUGGACGAGGUGGCUCAAUGGUACACGUUCUGGAAAGCCUGGUUCCCGAAAGCUGUUGCUGCCUUGCCGGGCAUCUCGCAAGGAUUCCGACGCGGCCUCGACCUUAUCAACGAAGCCAUCGAACUUGGUGAUGAGCGACAUAGCAAACUCCGCAAGCCGGACAUUACACCAAUGUCCCGAACUGAGUUCGCCGCAGUGCACAAGGUGCAGAGGCAGGCAGAAGUACCCGUCGCAAACCGACUACCCGAGGAAGUGUCCUUUAAGUCUCUCGUCGAGGAGGCAGCCGCAGAGGCGGAUCUCCUCGUCCAGCCUCUCAAUCGCACGGAGUCGACAUCCGGAGCCGCGCUGUACCGCAUCUCACGAGCGCUCGACGGCAAGCACGGCAUCAAUUUCUACAUUUCGGAUGACGUGUUAUGGCUGGAAGAGAGAGAUGCGACAACAGGUCACGUUCAAUACUUGCCCGUGGGCAUGCAAGAGCUGUUCGCCAAGGUCAAGUAA